AUGACACUAGUAGAUAUCAACUCAUUGGAGCCACUUGCUGACCCUCUAGAACAAGCUAAAAGAGCAGCAGCAUAUAUGGCUGUUGAUCAAAACGUCCCCAAGGAUGCUAAAUUUGUAGGUAUUGGUUCAGGUUCCACUGUGGUCUAUGCAGCUGAAAGAAUUGGUCAACUCCCAAACAAAGAUCAAUUUAUCUGUAUCCCAACUAGUUUCCAAUCAAAGCAACUAAUCUUUGAUAACGACUUGAAAUUUGGUACUAUCGAUCAAUAUCUAAACGUUGACAUUACCUUUGAUGGUGCUGAUGAAGUUGAUUCUAGAUUAAAUUGUAUCAAAGGUGGUGGUGCUUGUUUAUUCCAAGAAAAGCUAGUGGCUUCAUGUUCAAAAAAAUUGGUAAUCAUUGCUGAUUACAGAAAAAAAUCUCCUCGAUACUUAGCUGAAAACUGGAGAAAGGGUAUACCGAUUGAAGUUGUUCCUAUUGCCUGGAUUAAAGUAAAAAACGAUUUGAUUAAUUUUGGUGCAAGAAGUGUUCAACUAAGACAAGGUGGUACUCAGAAAGCUGGCCCUGUUGUCACUGAUAAUGGUAAUUUUAUUAUGGAUGCUGAUUUUGGUGUAAUAGAUGGUGAUAUCAAAGUACUAAAUGAUAAAAUUAGAGGUUUGGUUGGUGUUGUUGAAACUGGCUUAUUUGUCGAUAUGGUUGAAAAGGCUUAUUUUGGAAAUAAAGAUGGUUCAGUGACUAUUCUAUUUGGUGAAAAUGUUGAAGAAACUAUUUAA